AUGGAGACCGUGAGGAGCGAGUCUGUGCGGUCCGAGGAUGACCUCGAAUCGGGCGAGCGGCAUGCCGCGCCGCCGCACAUCGGCGUCAGCGCCCUCGGCCCCGUGGGCCCGCGCCAGCAGCUGCUCCGCAUGGAGUGCAUGAGCGCACGGCACACGCGGCAGCUGCUCGGCGGCCUGGCGGUGGCGCGCAACGUGACCACGCUGCUGAUGGUUGCGCUGCUCGUGCUGCGGCUCAAGCCGCUGGAGGAUGGCGCCCAGUACUUCUGCAGCGAGAGCUCCAACGCAGUCAACGCCGCAUUCGGCGCGCUGACCGCGGCCGCCGCGCUGCUCGUCGCGGCGGCGGCCGCGCGGCAGGUGCUGCUGUCGCUGUGCGCGCGGCUGGUUUGGACAGCGCGGCGCCGGACGGUCGUCGCCCGCCACGCGCUGCAGUUGGCCGCCACCUUUAUCGGCACCUGCUGCUUCCUGGCAGCCAACGCCAUCGCGCUCGCCCCCGGCCCCGCGCCCUGCGGCGCGCCCGCCGCGCGGCACGCGGUCCACUGGCUGUCGUUCGUGCGGUGGAGCUGCAUCAACGUGUUCAUGGCGUCGCUACUGGUUGGCGCACACAACACGUGCAUACUGGACGGCCGGCCCACCCAGCCGUCCGAGGGCGGCGGCGGCGGCGGCGGGGCCGGGGCGGACGAGCGCGCGCGGGCGGCCGGCGAACCGGGCGGAGCGCCGGGCGGGCAGUCGAUGGAGGGGCCGCAGCGCGGCGGGGCGCCGGCGCCAGCAGGGCCGGAUCGGAAGUUGGACGGUCAUAUGAAGCAGCGGGACGCACCGCUGGACGAUGCCAUGCCAGGAAUUCAACAGAUGUGGCGGCGGCUGGGCUUUGCGUAG